AUGCCUCGUGAUAAUAACGGUCAUUUGUUUGAUGAUGUACAUGCCGAUAUUCGAUAUGAUACAUCGCGUCGUCUACAUGGUACAAAUCCAACAAUAACAACAGCUACCACAACAAUAGCAGCAGCAGCAGCAGCAACAACAACUCGUAUUAUCGAUGGUCAUACAUAUGAUUUAGUCGGUCGUUAUUCAAUGCCGAAAACGAUUGGUUCAGGUGCAUUUGGCCAUGUUAUAUCAGCAUGGGAUAAUUUAUUACAACGUAAAGUUGCAAUAAAAAAAAUUCGUUUACCACCAAUAAAUACUGAAGAAGCCAUGUUAUUCUAUUCUCGUUCAUUACGUGAAAUUUGUAUAUUACCACCACUUAAACAUGAUAAUAUUGUUCAAGUCUUAGAUUGUUACACAUCAGCUUUAUGUGCUGAACAAAUGUCAGAACUUUAUUUAGUAACAAAUUUAAUGCGUCUUGAUCUACAUCAACUUAUUAAAACAAAUAAACAACGGCCUAGUGAUAUGCGUAUCAUUAGUGCUAGUCAUAUUACUCAUUUUCUUUACCAAAUAUUUCGAGCACUUAAAUUUAUUCACUCAGCUAAAGUUAUGCAUCGAGAUUUAAAACCAAGUAAUAUAUUUGUUGAUCUUGAUGGACAUCUACGGAUUGGUGAUUUUGGUUUGGCUCGUGUACCUGAAGAUAAUUGUGAUACACCAAUGACAAGCUAUGUUUGUACUCGAUGGUAUCGUGCACCUGAAUUAAUGUUGUUAAAUGGCAUUUAUACAUCAUCAAUGGAUAUGUGGUCCGUUGGUUGCAUUUUAGCUGAGCUUAUUUAUGGUCAACCACUUUAUCCAGGACGACAUCAUUUAGAUCAAUUACGUUUAAUUAUCGAACAUCGCUGUGGUUCAUUAGGAUUUUCUUAUCAUCAACAGAAAAUAUCGUAUCCAACAAUAACAGAAAAAUCCUUAAAUUUACUUCGUCGUACAUUAGGGAAAUGUUCAAAUGAGUAUCCAGUUGUGUUUUCACCAUUAGAUUCACAUGUAUUUGUUCCGGGUGUUGACAAGCAUGCAUUUGAAUUAUUAGAACAAUUGCUUCGUAUGGAUCCAUCAGAACGAAUAACGGCUGAUGAUGGUUUACGUAGUUGUUUAUUUGAUAAUUAUCGUAAGGAAGCUAGUGGAGAACCAUCAUCUGAAGAAGCAUUUCAACUUGAUUUAUCACCGUAUAAUCUUCAAGAAAUUCGUUCAAUGCUUUUUCAAAAAGCUCGUCUUAUUCAUCAACAAAUGCAAGAUAAAGCACUUUUUUUAAAUGAAAAAAAAUUGGCUAUGGAAGAAAUGGAUUGUUGUUAA